CCCAUUGGCAAGCCCCAGCCCCCGCCUGCAGUCCGACGACGAAACCUCCAGAUCAUCGAAUCCGAGUGCCGUACCUGCCGCUCUCCGACGCGGCAGCUGUUAGCGCUAGGCGCAUCUCCUCUGUCGAUCGGUGAUACGACACCUCGACCCUUGGAUUUUUUCCUUGUCGGUUUUCGACUGCCGUCAUUCAUCGCAAAAAAGAAUUGCGACGCAUGUAGCGCCCGACACAAGCCAUGUCCAUCGAAGCGAUUGGCGCCCCGGCGCCCGUGGCUAUGGAUGUUGACAUGUCGUCCCCCGACGGCCUCAAGCCCAUCGGCCUGCAUUCGCCCCCCGACAGUAAUAACGCCAUCGGUGUUGACGGCAGCGACUCGGAGCUUAGUGACCUUGAUGAUGAGAUCGCCGGCAAGCUCGAUGUCAGUCUGGGAAUUGAACCCCAGGUCGAAGCUCAAGUUGAGCUCGAACCUGAACCGCAGCCUCCGGUCGAGGACAUUGGCGAGAUCCUGCCGGAUCACUGGUCGGGCAAUGUGCCGGUGUUUAAGCCGACCAUGAAGCAAUUCGAGGAUUUCAUCCGCUUCAUGGAGUCAGUCAACGACUACGGCAUGAAGUCUGGCAUCAUCAAGAUUAUUCCCCCGCAGGAGUGGAAAGAGUCGCUGGGGCCAUUGGACGACAGGAUAAAGCACAUCCGAGUUCGCGAGCCGAUCAAGCAGGAGAUCAUGGGGACAAAUGGAACCUACCGUCAAGUCAACGUUCUCCACCAGCGCACGUACAACCUUCCGCAAUGGAGACAGCUAUGUGAUCAGAGCGAACACCAGCCUCCCGCGAGGCGAGGCGAGCGUCGUGCGAACGCGGACAAAAAGCCACCUACCAGGUCCCGCGCGCCCGCACAUCAGAACACUCGGCCUGCUCCAUCCGCCCCUUCGACUAGGAAGCGCCGAGGCGGAAGAGUGACCCGGCGAUCGGCUAGGGCUGCAAAGGAGGAGACUGAAGAACCUGAGGACCGCCCGAUGACGCCGGUAUCGCCUGUUCCUGAAAAGGAGGAAAUCGUGGACUCGGUGGAAAACGACCCCGGCGUCAAGGCGGAGGAGUGCGAAGACGAAGAUGAUGCCCCAGUUGUCCGGCGAAUGGGAUUCGCUAGACAAUCCAAACCAAAGACUCAGUCCACCUCGGCUCGUCGGAAAAACAUUCGCCGGGAAGGCUCAGCCGUGAUAGAUGAAGCAGCUUUCAAGGAUUGGGAUUAUCGGAUGGAUAUCUCGGAAUUCACGCCGGAACGCUGCGAAGAGCUGGAGAAGAUCUACUGGAAGACGCUCACCUAUGCACCGCCGUUGUAUGGUGCGGACCUCCCGGGCACCUUGUUCGACGAAGACACCAAGCUCUGGAAUCUGAACAAGCUACCGAAUCUUCUCGACGUUAUUGGCACCAAAGUACCUGGCGUCAAUACCGCAUACCUCUACCUCGGCAUGUGGAAGGCAACAUUCGCCUGGCACUUGGAGGACGUCGAUCUCUACAGCAUCAACUAUCUCCACUUUGGGGCGCCAAAACAAUGGUACAGCAUCUCCCAAGCCGACGCCCGUCGGUUCGAGAAUGCCAUGAAGAACAUCUGGCCGCAGGAAGCAAAAGCCUGCGAUCAGUUUCUCAGGCACAAGUCUUUCCUCAUCUCCCCGUCGCACCUCAAACAACACUAUAAUAUCACGGUCAACAAAGUGGUCUCAUAUCCCGGCGAGUUUGUUGUCACCUACCCGUACGGCUACCACUCCGGAUACAACCUGGGUUACAACUGCGCCGAGGCAGUCAACUUCGCGCUCGACAGUUGGCUGCCAAUGGGCAAGAUCGCCAAGAAGUGCCAAUGCGCGCAGGCCCAAGACAGCGUUUGGGUUGAUGUUUACGACAUUGAACGUAAACUCCGCGGUGAGGAGACAGAGUACGAAGAGACGGAAGACGAGGACGAAGAGGAUGAGGAAGAUGAAGAAGAGGAAACCGGUCUUCCCAGUCCACCUUCGAGCCAUACCGUCAGAGUCAAGGCUCCCGGCCGGAAACGCAAGCGGGCGGCGAACGAGAAGGAGCCAAAGGCCAGGAGGAGGAAAGUUCGCCUACGCCUCAAGUCACAUAUCGAGCCUCCAUGCUGUCUCUGCCCGAACGACAUUCCAGGGGUCGAGAUCAUGUCCACCGACGACGGCCGCAAGGCCCAUCGCAUGUGUGCUCUCUACCUUCCGGAAACGUAUAUCGAAACGGUGGACGGCACGGAGAUUAUUGCAAACGUGGGAGGCAUCGACAAGGCCCGUCUGGAACUUAAGUGCCUGUACUGCCGUUCCAAGAAGGGCGCAUGCUUCCAGUGCUCCCAGAAGAAGUGUCCCAGAGCAUACCACGCCACCUGUGCGGCGGCUGCGGGCGUCUUCGUGGAGGAAGGGGAAGUCCCGGUAUUUGGAGAGGAUGGGACCGAAUACAAAGAACAGGCCUUCGAGUUCAGUUGCCGGUUCCAUCGCACCAAGAGGGAUAGGAAGGCGGAGGGAGAUGUGCUGGAGAAUAAUCACCAGGUCCGCGAGGCCGCGAAGGCUCUCAGGAAGAACGAUAUCUGCCAGCUGCAAUACUAUCGUGGGGACAUAUUCGCUGGCGUGGUGGUUGAGAACCGCAUUGAUGAGGAGACGUUUCUUCUCGACAUCAUCCCGAACGGUGAUCGGCUUGAGGUCGAGUGGAAGUGGCUGCUUCUGCCGGAUCCUUCGGACUUCCGACUCCCGAAGGCAUCGCCAAACGCCGUCCCGAUGCCGACAUGUAGGAAAGCACAGAAGGAGAUCAACGCGAAGCGCGCUGUGGACGAAGCUCCUAGGAAGGACGACGAGUUUGCUCCCGGCUAUGUCUGGGCCGAGUUCCAUACAGCUGAUGCUGUCAAGAACCGGGAGCAGGCUAAGGUCGACUUAUCCAAGGAAAACCAGGUCUGGCAUUAUCUUGGGAAGACGUCGACCGAAGCCAAGGCUCAGUACACCGGGGAACCGUCAAGGCCGUGGCACGACCCCAAGGCCAACUUCCUUGACACCAUACCAAAGCCGGUGGCUGCGCCGCGAAUGCAGCCUGCCCCUCGGGCGAGGCCAUCUAUGUCCGCACAGUAUCCAGCGUAUCAGGCCGUCUCUGGGUUGCUGCCAGGGACCACGUCGGCCAAACAGGAGAAGCCAUACAUCUACAAGCCGAGAAAGCCAGUUACUCCAGGUCCCAGCCCGCAUACUGCAUUGUUGACAUCACACAUGUUCGCACUCAACACACCUUCACCGUCGGCGGGCUUUCAGCAGCUCCGGCCACAACAACAGGCAUUCCAGCCCGCCUUCCAUCUUAUGUCUUCUCAACAACCCCACCAAUACGUGCAGCAACCGCAACCGCAACCGCAACCGCAACCGCAACCGCAACCGCAACCGCAACCGCAACUGCAGCAGGCACUACCUUCCGUUCAGCAGCAGCAGCAGUCACCUGGCUUGCACACCCAGAAUAAGAGUCCAUCAACGCUGUAUUCAUCAAACCGUUUCGCGCCCGUCGGAGGUAGUAAUGGAUUCCCGAAGCUUCCUGGCUUGACCUGGCCCCCUGCUCACAUGAAAUCAGGGCAAUAUGUUCAGCCUCAGUCAAGAGCCUGGUCUUCAUCGACGGGCGCGCCUCCUUCCAUGCUACAUUCCGCGCCGAUGACCUCGUCAGCUUUGAGAUCCCCAAAUGUUGGCGACCGGGAGGCUGGAGUAGCAGGAGCGCAGCCACAAAACAGUGCAUGUCAGAAAUACAGCUUCUUCCAGGUCCAUCACAACAGAGACUCGUCCGGAUACCGGACCCCGUAUGGACAAUGGGGCGGCUUCACCAACGGAUAUGAAGGCAACCUCCGAGAGUUUUUGAUCAAGGCGCAAAAGGCUCUCUCGGGAGGCUCCGGCAAGACUCAGAUCAAACAGGUUCCUCCCUCACUAUUGAAGCCUCUGCAGCCACGGCUCAGUGCUUCACCGCGACCGAACACCCCGUCUUAUCCCCAUCACGCCGCUCCGUACGCCCAAAUAUUGCCUCGGCCGUCAUCCAACGCUCCCCAAACCCCAUCACCACGCGUCGCAAUGGCAAGCCCUAGCCCGCAUCAGCCGCAAACGUAUCAGAACCAGGGAUACCCAGUGCCGAUGGUUCCUGGCGGUGAGUCCUAUGAGGUCAGGCAGCCCGAAUCGGGACAGCUGCACCCAGCUAGUAUUCGGCCGCACUACGGGGCAGCGCAGACGCAACUCCCAACCCAGGCCAAUCAUCAAGUCCGGACACCGGCCACACAGCCGCCAGGUUCGGCUACGCAACCGUUACAGGCUUCGGUACAAGCGAAACCAGCGCUUGCGAAGCAAAGCCACAGCCCGAUCCCGUUACCGCCGUAUGUGAAGCCGAUACCGACCUCGUCCCAAAGCGCGGCCAGACCCUCUCCGCUGGGCGAUCGCACAGAGAAUGCCGCCUGGCACAUCACGCCUCAGGCAGCCUCUGCAUCUAACCCGGGCCUGACUCCGCCGCAAGCGAAUGGCAAGCCAACAGAGGCUCACAUGGGUCCGUCACCGAACGGGCACUGGACACCGCCGAGUGCCAAUGAGCCUGGCUCGACAGCAGCAGCGCCUUGGGCACCUCCAGCACCCGGGUCGACGCCGGGUCCGACUGCCCAGUCAUCGCUGGACUUCCAAUCGUGGGCACAACCCGCCCAGGCACAGCCGCUCCAGGGGAGCCCAGCGAUACCGCCGACCGGGGACGCCCAGGAUAACAAUAUUUACGUGGAGAGGGUGAUGAUGAAUCUUCGCAGGGCAAGCAUGCAGUUUGGGGGCUUCGGGCCGGAUCAGGGAUGAGACAUGAAGCACAAUGGACUACUCACUCACGUUCGUACAACGAACAUGCAAUUCUUAGACUCUUCUGGCUUGGGAAGGGAGGCGGUGUUCUUUUGGCGGGGACAAUAUAUCCUUUUCAUCUCGGUAUGCUUCCGUUUUUGCGAAGGGGGGAAAGAGCGGCGUUUAAGACA